AUGCUUACCGAGAGCUUCGUUGCCGCGACGCUUGCAACAUCCACCAAGUCCAACAUAUCAAGCACUCUGAAGGACGUUGGUAUUGUCCUACAUGGAUUUCAACCUCAGAAUACUAUCAGGCAUGGUUUCAAGAAGAGUUCCACCAAACCGAACUGUCUUGCCAUCAGCACCACCCACAUCUUUGCGGCUCAGGCAGACAGAGCGGUUGUCUUAAUCUAUAACAGGGAAAAGGGAAAUCAAGAAGCAACUGUUCCUUUCCCAGAACGAAUAACCAGCCUCAGGUUCGUGGGCGAGAGCAGCGGCUUUCUUGUUCUCGGCACCGAGGGUGGAAGGCUUGUUUUAUGGGAGGUAGCUAGUGGACGACAGGCCAUGUCUACAGCUUCACAUCUCCAACCGGUGUCCUGUCUUUCAGUCCUGCCUGGCAACACUUUCAUUCUGUCCGGCUCCUCGGACUCCAAUGUCCAUAUAUGGUCCUUGCCGCAGCUUGUCUCAUUCUCUCAACCACAAUCCCUGUCCUCGCAUGGUACACCUCCUAAUGCCCCUGUACGGACUUUUUCAAAUCAUCGUUCCGGCAUCACCGCCCUAGCCUGUGGCCAUUCGAGACCCUUGACCAAUUUUGCUGUCUCUGUAUCUAGCGAUGGUACUUGCUAUGUUUGGAGUACUGCUGAAUGUCAAGUACUCCGUACGAUCUUGUUUGAUUCGGCUUCUCAAUGCUUGGCAGUUGAUCCAGCAGACAGAGCACUGUACUCUGGCCACGAAGAUGGUACAGUUCAAUCCUUUGACUUCUAUAACGAGUCCAAAAUCACCCGAAAUAGUCACACUUCAGUGGCAUCGAAUCCAGUACAUCUUGACACCAAAGACAGCUGGUCACCCGCAUCGUCCGAAGUCGGUUCAGCUCAGUGCUUAACCCUAUCUUAUGAUGGCACAAUCCUUCUGUCAGGCCACUCCAGCGGCCGAAUCCUCUCCUGGGAUAUAGCAAAACAUCGCGUACAGAAGGUAGUAACCGACCUCGGGAACUCCGUAACCAACAUCGCCAUGCAAAGACCAGAAGGUCUACCAAUCAAGCGUCCAGGUAUUGAAGUCAAGACAGUGGUCAAACCAAAACCUGAGCUCUCCUCAUCCUCAAACCACAUUGGCACCUCCGGCAUCCCAGCAGACUACUCCCUCCAAGUACAAAUCACGCCCCAACCGCCACUCGGCCUCCUAACAGCUCCCAACGAAACCGACAACGACACCAACACCAACAACUCCUUCCACAGCCUCCUCACCAACCCCACAUUUCCCAAAUCUCUCAUCGACGAGGCAAUCCUCGAUCUCACCUUCCCUCCAUCCUCAGACCAAAACUCAUCACAACAACAAACAAGCACAUACGACAUCUCUUUCUCCGACGAACCCCCUCAAGACCCCUCCUCCUCAUCCAAGAUAACAGCCCUACAAUCCCGCAUCGCUCUCCUCGAAGAAAACCUCAAUAUAUACGUCUCCGCCGCGGAACGAAGCCGUGCCCGCCGCCUAGCUCGUAUGGAGAGACGAGACGAGUUCGGUCGUAAGAAGAGGGAGGCGUAUCUUGAGGCGGUGAAGAAGGGUGGAGAUGCAGAUGGAGACGGGGAUCUGGCGAUGAGGGAGUGGGAGAGUAGGGAGAGGAGUGUGGAUAGGGAGAGUGAUGAGGUCGAGCUUGGAGAGGAGGUUUAUGCUGAUGUUUGA